AUGAUUGUGUCAACGAACAAUCCGUUGGCCGCAGCGGCUAUCUCCGCGGUGCUCGGCCUAACGCCACUAAAGCCCUCUGCUGCUCCAACCGCAUCUCUCGACUUUGUCAAAAUCUAUUCGUCUGUCAUUCCAAGCAUCGGUGGACCAUCGCAUCAAUUAUCUGCCAUCUGUGGACACUAUAUCCAAUGCAAAGACGGUACCCGAGCUGAUCGACAAGUGCGUAUUAUUCUCUCUACUGGUAAAGCAUUCGAGCUCGAUCUAAUCUUCGGCGAGUCCGUUCCUCAAUUAAAAAAUAGAAUUCAAAAUCAAGAAGGUAUCGACGUACGUUGCCAAGUCAUUCUCAAAGGUGACAAAGUACUUACCGAUGACGAGUUAAUUGCUGACUGCCUCAAGGGUUGGCAUGAACCGCUGAAUGUCAAAAUUAUGCUGGCGGGUCCCCUUGCUCUUGACAAUAUGACACUGGCGCCUGAAUUCGAUUAUGAUUUCACCGACAUUGUCGAUAAGGGUACUUUGUUCACCCGCGGUAAUCACCCGUAUGAGCGGCCAUGCGGUAGCAAGCGAAUUGCGCUCAACGUGGCAGGAAGGUAUGGUUCUAAUGAUCGGUGGCUAGGCAUGACAGGCACCGAUUCGGAAGAAUGGCCCGUGUCAUACCAUGGCACGGGAAAGCACAAUGCAAUGAACAUCGCCGAGGAAGGCUUUAAACUCAGUAAAUGUAAGCGAUUCCUAUACGGAAGAGGCAUUUAUUCUACGCCCGAACUCGACGUGGCCAAGGGCUAUGCGACCGAAUUCGAAUAUGAAGGACAACGUUACUAUGUUCUGUUGCAGAAUCGAGUCAAUCCAAAAUAUCUCAAAGUGAUUAGCGACGAUGAGACAGGUGUUGGCACUUACUGGGUUAGCAGCAAGGGACCAGACGAUAGUGAUAAUGAUAUGGCCGAUCUUAUUCGACCCUAUGGUCUCUGCAUAUUCCAAGCUUUUCGAACGAAACCAACCUGUUGCUUACAGUGA